AUGGCCUUUGCAGUUUCAAGUAAAAUUAUUUUUUUCCUGCUGUUGUUUUUGUUUCUACUCUCAGCCACAGCCCAGCGUUACGGGAAUGUUACUUUGGGUUCAUCAAUAACUGCAAACAAAGCAAAUUCCACUUGGGUGUCACCUUCUGGAGAUUUUGCUUUUGGCUUCCAGCAGAUCAUUCCUGGACGUUACUUGCUGGCCAUCUGGUUCAACAGAAUACCUGAAAGAACCAUUGUUUGGUCUGCAAAUCGUGAUAAUCUUGUCCAAGAAGGAUCAAAAGUUCAACUAUAUGCAGAUGGAAGGUUUGAAUUGAGUGAUCCUAGUGGCCAUAGGAUAUGGGCUACUACCAUUAUCUCAUGA